CUCCUUUCUAGGUACCACACCCAGCUCUCCUCCCGUCCCAUCUUCAGGCUUUCCCGCCUUGCAGCCGUUCGCCCUCGAUUCGAGCAUCCUCUCGGCUCUCCUGGCCUCGGAGCCCUCCUGCUUUCCUGGAAACGGGCCUUCUCCCCACCUCCCCCGACAACUCUUCCAACCAUGCCAGUCACCCGUUCGAAAUCUGUGGGCAACACCAGCGCCCUGACUUCUCAGCUGGGCAUUGUCCGUAUCUUGGAAGUAAUCUUCACCUGUGUAACCUUCAGCCUGGUGGCCCACGAGGGUGGCACACUCCGGGAUUAUCAGAAUUAUGGGGACUGGUGCAUGUUUGCAUGGUGUUUUUGCUUUGCCAUCACCAUCAUCAUCUUGGUGGUGGAGUUUGUUGGCCUUCAGCAUCGUGUGCCAGUCUCAUGGAGGAAUUUCCCCAUCACUUUUGCCAUGUAUGCCACCUUGCUGUGCCUUUCCGCCUCGAUCAUCUUCCCGGUGAUCUACAUCCAGAAGGGUUACGUGUCUCGUGAACAGCGUGGGUACCGCAUUGCUGCCACAGUCUUCUCUUGCCUUUCAUGCCUGGCCUACUCCACUGAGGUCACCAUGACCAAAGCCAAGCCAGGAGAAGUCACGGGCUACAUGGCCACCGUCCCUGGGCUUCUCAAGGUCGUGGAGACUUUCAUUGCCUGCAUCAUCUUUGUCUUCCUCAUAAAGCACGAUUACGAGAGGGAGGAUGCACUCAAGUGGUGCUUGGCUGUCUACUGCAUCUGUUUCAUCCUUUCACUGGUGGUCAUCAUCCUUUGCAUUGGCGAAUGCACUGGGUGGCUGCCAUGUGCCUUCAACACAUUCCUCAGUGCCUACACCCUCUUGGCGGUGCUCAUGUAUGCCACAGCAACCGUCAUCUGGCCUAUCUAUCACUUUGAUAGCAAGCACAAUGGAAGCCCUCGUCGAAAUUGUUCUGGAGGCAGUUUCUGCGACUGGGACAAACAUGUUACCAUAGCAGUCCUGACAGCCCUCAAUCUGCUGGUGUACCUUGCUGACCUGGUGUAUUCCGCACGGCUGAUAUUCAUCCAGGAGUAGAUGGGUGCCAGAGGCAGUGAGCAGCUGGGCAGAAAGAGUCAGGAGAGAGGAAUUAAAACAGAAAGGGAAGGGAAUAAAAAUGGUCCUGCCCCCCCUCUGUUUUCACAUUUCUCACUCUCUUUUGAACAUCAAAUGUUCUGCUCUUCCCUGCCCUUUGUCUCCACACUUACCCUUUUUUAAUUUUCUCAUUCCUUCUCUCCAGCCUUCUCAAUGCAGCAUUCUGGUAUCACCACCCACCGUUAGCUCAUCAUGUGCUUCUUCCUUUCAUUUUUUUUGCCGCAUCCUCUCAAAUCUAUCCGCCCUUUUGGCCUGCCAUUUGUCACCUGCUGCAUGGUGGAGCAUCCUUUCCUCCCGCCUGUUGCCCAGCUUCCUCUGCCUUAUCCUUCCCUAAACAUUUGGGAUGUAUAUCUUUUGGCCAUCCUUAAUGGCAACCAGCUAAAAGCUUCAGGAUUCAGGGGCAGAAAGACUUCCUAGUGGAGGGGUGUGUGCCUGUUCCAGUAGGAAGCCCUAGGUUUGAGUGCGAGAGAGCGCCCCUUGCUGCAGCGCACGCCUUUCCUCCCACUCCAAAGCACUUCAUUUUUUGAAUGUAUCCUUUCCUGGACCUCCCUUGUGCAUCAGUUGCCCAGUUCAUGGGCGGCCCUAUCUCCCCUGUGGCACGUUGACUCUUUCCAUGUUUGUACUUGCCACUCCAAGCUUCUGGUCCUCAUGACUGCUCUCUGUCCAGUUUGCCAGCUUGUUGUGUAUUUGUCAGUCUGCUUGGUGGGCAGGGAGAGGUCUCUGCCUUAAUACAGAUGAGUGCAUGAGAAGUCUUCUCCAAGCUUUCCUGUUCUCGAAUGGCAGGGGACCCAAGAUUGGGUUGAGAGGGUCUGAUGGAUGCCAGGAUCGUCUGAGCAACCUCUGUUUAUGGGAAAGGAGUGGAGUAUAUGAGUGUAUUUGUUUGGUAGUAAAAACAAAUUUCUUAGCUAUUCAUGAAUGCAGUGAAGAUAUCUACUUGUUGAUGUCUCAGCUCCAGAGGGAUAAUUUGCUGUGGCAAUUCUCCUUUUCAAGUCUUGCUGAAAUUGAUGGGGACAAUAUAGAAACAGUGUUACAGGGCUAGGUUUCAAUAAGUUUCCUUUGCUGUUUUGAGGAAGAGUUUAUGGUUAGAGGACACCUUCCAAAUAUUGGUUAUGGAGGAUUUUUAAAGAAUCUGUAUCAGCUUGGUGAGUCUUACAGGUGUUGACUUUCUUACCAGAAGUUUUUGGUGCAAGGAAGCCACAUAAUUCUUAAAAGUAUAUAGGCUGGAUCUUACAUCUUUCUACCAAGUCUUUGUCCCAACAGAGAGAGACUUCUUUCAACAAACAGACUUUUAUUCCCUGUAGAAAGUCUCUCUAAAUCGGAAGAAAUCUUUCUCCCUUGCAGGAAGGCUGAACAAAACACACUUAUGGGAUCUUCAACUUAGCUGAAGGAUCCAACCCUGCAUAUGAGUGCAGUUAACUCUUGCAGUGCCUUAAUUCUCAAAGAGAAGGAAUCCAGUGGUAGGUCAAACAAAACAGUGUUGUAUUGGAGGUUAAAAAGAACCUCAUUAGCUUUCAGGCCUCAGUGAUACGCCACUGUCGCAUUGAAAAACAGCAUCCCGCUUGAAACUACUUAAAAUUAAACAUCUUUGCUUUUGUGGUUCUGAAGGGACACAUGUUCCAUGUAUUACAGUGAAACGUGAUUAAUUAAAAGGAGCUGUGUCUUUAAUUUUUGUGAGACACCUUUAUAGUAAAAGGAAAAUCUAAACCUUUGCUGGCAGCUGGUGUCCAAAAGAAAUCUGCUUUAUUUUUUCCUUACUGAUAAACGAGUGCAAUUAAAAACAUGUGUUCAACAAAGUGUUAAAUGUGUUGCUUUGGCCUUUUUUGGGCUGCCCUUCCUGUCAUUCUUUUAAAAAGUCAUCAUCCUAGGGGAAUUGACGUUAGAGACAGUGCUGUUUCACACCAUGAUACCGUUGCCAAACAUGGCUCUCUUCUUUUUCUACUGAACGCUAGAGUUGAUUUUUAUGUAUUUUAAAAAAUAAAGUAUCAUUUCUGUUUUCAUAUACCUUCUAGAUGUCUUGUAGAGUCAAUCAAAAUAUAGGCUUUUCUUCUGCCAGUUUCACUUUCGAUGUGGUGCUUUUGUUUGUGAGUGUUGCGUUUUAUAUAUGCAAAUAAAUACAAAAUGUAUGUAUAAAAUAAAGGAGCAGUGACGCAAGAAA